UUUUAAACCUUAUGUAUCCUUUAUUUUCUUGAGUUCACACUCUAAAUCAAAAAUCUACAACUCUCACUUACUUUGACCACUAUACCAUCACCACCACCACAAACUAAUCUCUCUGAGCUGCCCCACAUCUGCAUCUUUAGAGAGAGAAAGUACUGCAAGUAGAGAGAGAAACAGUGAAGAAAAAGUCUGUCUCUUUCCUUUUGUUUUGAAAACAAAACCCUAAUUCAACUUCAACCCCAUAUUAGGCAAAAAAGGAACAACUUAACCUACUACAAACCAUCAAUUUCAUGAUCCGUGGGCUGUUUAUUCUCUUUUAUACGCAUACCCUUUUGUCCAAAGACAAAGAUAAAGCGUGGUGUUUGCAGAUCAGAGCUUUAAAGACUACAAAUUUCGAAAAAUGGAUUCUUGUAAUAGUGGAAGCAUGUCCUCAAGUGGCGGAGAUGAUGAGUAUGAUUCACGCGCCGAGUCUUCAUUCUCAGCUUUCUUGAACCACACUCACAAUAACACAUUGGCCCAUGUUGGCCCCAUGCCUAACCCACCUCCGCAGCCGCCGCCACCAAACCACCACCAGCACUCCAUGUUUGACCCUCUAUCAAAUUACUUCGACCCUUCUUCAUCAUCUUCAUCUAGACCAUCACCUCUCUCAAACGCUAAUCCGCUUCUUAAUCUUGACAUGGUUUGGUCUAAAAACUUAAGAUCUGACCCUAAUUGCACUAAUCUUGCCGGUUUUGUAGCCGCUUCUUCCUCACCAACCCAACCAUUUUUCACCAACCAAACUCAAAAUAGACCAUCUUUUAACCCUCCCACUCAGAUCCCUCAUGGUCAAGAAUCAGCUAAUGCUACGAGACUAGAGCCAGGGUUAGGUGCAGCCGGAGGUUCAAAUGAUCAUCAGCCUCGAAAUAAUAAUCCAAAAAAAAGGUCUAGAGCUUCAAGGCGUGCACCAACUACAGUUCUGACGACAGACACCACUAAUUUCCGAGCCAUGGUUCAAGAAUUUACUGGUAUCCCUGCACCACCCUUCACGUCCUCACCUUUUCCAAGAACCAGGCUUGAUAUAUUUGGCAAUUCUUCUUCUGCUUUUAGAUCAUCAACUCCUACAGAUUCCCCACAGUUACCUUCUUAUCUUUUAAGACCAUUUGCUCAGAAAAUCCAACCGCCAUUUCUCCCCACUGCCACCACCGCCGCCACCACCACCACCACUGCCAUUACUGGCUCUACUUCUGAGUUAGGUUUUCUAAAAUACCCACAAAAUUUACUCAACAUGCAGAAUAAUCCAAUCCUCAAUCUCCAUUCUCUUCUUCAACCAACCACUAAAUAUCCACUUCAAGACUCAUCACAACACCAACAAUUAGAUAUUCCAUCGAAUGAUUCUCAACUCAAAAUGGGUCUUAUGGAAGAGUUCGGUUUAAGCCACGGACAUGUUCCCGGUCUACAUAAUAUAGUGUCAUCAUCCGAUACAGCAUUGCGAAGAAAUGAUCAGAGUAACUGGGUAUCAGACGGAGGAGUAGGGUCAAAUGAAGGUGAGCUUUUAAGGUCCAUCAAUGGCGGAAAUUACGUACACAAUAGCAAUAGUAACACACACGGCGUUGGUAAUAAUGGGAAACUGAACUACACGGCGGCUUCUUCUUCAUCGGAGUUUCGUCAUGGCGAUAAAGGUGCGGCGGAAACGAAUUUGGUGGGGAAUAAUUCAAGAAGUGAAGGUAUGGUGGAAUCGUGGAUUUGUUCUUCAGAUUAAUUAGGAAUAUAUUAUAUUAUAUAUAUACAAAUUUAUGAUCAGAGAAGAGAAUGAAGCAUAUUUUUCUGUCGUCUCUCAAAUCUUAACCUUAUGACAUUUCAGUAUAAUUAGAAUAUUGUUCUUUAUUUCUUUUUUUAAUUAUAUAUGUAAAUAAUAGUAGCUUAUUUUAUAUACUUCACAUUUCUCUA